AUGGAAAAAAAUCCAAUUGAUCUAAUUGAUAAAGAAAAAAAUGUUAUAAUAGAAACAGGCAAAUUUCCCGAAAUUAAAAUAUUCAAAGCAAAUUCGAAUAUAUUAAAAAGGACAAAAUAUUUUCGAGUAGCGUUAUCAAAUGAAUGGGCAAAAAGAAAUGAAGACGGAUAUUAUAUUAUCAAUAAACCCAAUAUUAAUCCUCAAACUUUUGAAAUUAUAUUAAAGUUUAUAGAUAAUGAUGAUAACGUUCAAUUAAAUCUAUUAAAUAUUAAUGGAACGGAAUCAAUUCAAUUAUUAAUUGCGUCAGAUGAAUUGGAAUUAAUUAAAUUAAGUGAAAUGUAG